AAAUAUCAAAUAGACCUGGUUUAUCAAACAUUUCGUACGGGUAUGUGUGUUUUGCUUCCCAAAUUUUACGCGGUUAUGUGGUUUGGCAUUUACAGUUUCUUAACGGAAUUUUCAACCGUGUCGACUUACUUCUUGUUUCUAGUUUCUAUGGUGAACUGUUCGAGACUAUCUAAACACUCGUAAGUAAUAUUAAUUAAAAUUUUUUUUAUUAAUACAAUAUUUUCAAUGCGUUAAAACAAUGUAAUACAUGUGUCCAACAAGUGUUUUGUUCGUUUCACUAAAUCUGUGUUUGGUAGAAAACACUUUUCAAAGAUAGCAUGUUCUGUCGUGUUCGCCUUUUCCGACUUGCCGUCAUUAGUUUUUCGUCAUUAUCGUUUUUCUUAUUAUAGUGAUAGUGUUAGUGCCUACAGAAGUUUCGUUUCUCUACUAGUUUUGUUUUGGGUUUAGUGAUACCAAGUAAUCCGGUGUACUUGCCUGUACAUAGUAAAUACUUUUACACAAUAAUAAUACAUACCUACAUAGAACCGUAAUGUAAAACUCUAAUAAGUAGUUACAAAAUAUUAAAUUUAACGAGUAAAAUAAUUAUCCAAAUGAAAAGUAAUGUGGUAUCUACCUAUUUAAAUGAAUAGUAUUUGUUUAUAUUUUUAAUGACUUACCUUAUAAAUAAAUAAAUAAAUAAAUAGGUAUUUAUGUAUCUUAAAAAAGGGGACUUUCUUCAUUCUUACCUGUGACAACCAAAUUGAACCCUAACAACUAGUUUAUUUAACAUCUUGCACAUAUUGUAAGAUAUACAGCACCGUUGCAAAAAUGCUGAAUAAUACACACUAAACAUUGGCUUUGUAUUAUUAAAAUAACUUAAUAUGGAAAACUGUGGAUAACUAUAAUUUAAUAUAUUUAUUAAAUUAUGAAAAAAAAAAUCCUUUUUAAGUUAAGAUAUUGCAGCCAUAUCCUUUAAUUUUUAUUUAUUUUUAAAUUUAUCUAUUUUUUCUGUUACAUUUUUUAUUUUAUUUUACAUAAAUUAUAGAAUCAAUUAAGAACUUGAUAUUUUUUCUUACCUACCUUAUACUUUGAGUGGUCUGGCAGCCUUUUCUUUUACAUCUUAUUGUUUUUUUUUUUUUUUUUUUGUAAUGUAUAAAUGACAUCACUAACUCAUUUAUGAUUUGUAAUAUUAUCAUUAUUUACUUAAAGGUUUUUACCGUUUAAAAGAUUAGUAACUAAAUUUUUACUUUGAAUUUGAGUAUAAUAUUAUUUUGCUAAUAUUUUAGACAAUUUUUUUAAAACACUUGUUAUCCUUAUUAAUUUUAGUAAUUAAAUAAAUGAUAUAAUAUGCAUUAAAAGCUGAACUAGUAUCAUAUUUAUAAUUUAAACCAUAGGGAUUUUGGUUAUAUAUCUGUUGUAGUUGUUUUAUUUUUUUUUUAAACAAUCAAUAACAGUAUUGACAUAUUUGUAUUCAUCGCAGUUACCAUGCCAUGCCAAUAGAGUGCUUACAGUGACAGAACAAUUUAGUGUAGUUGCAAUAUUUUCAGUAGUGUGCAUUUGUUAGAUUUUUUUUUCUCAUCAAUAACCAAGAAAUCUUAGGGAUCAACAAAAAUUUAAUUUUCAUAUCAUAAUAUCAAAUUUUUUUUUUUAAAAAUGUUUAAUACGUAUUAAAAAAUAUUUUAGUUAUUGUUUUGCAUAUAAUAUAUACCAAUGCGAAAUUGGUUUAUACUUCAAAUGUUGUGAGUCUUGUAUUAAUAAUUGAGAAACUUUUUUUUUGAAAUCAUUUUACUUAGAAUUUGGAAUUAACGUUAAGAGCCAGCCUUGAACCCAAUAUAUUAACUCCAACAUUAACCAGUUUAAGUUUGAUUCUUGCAAUAAAAAAGUCAAAUUAUCAAAUAACACCAAAUACAUAUAUUUUGUUUGGCCAGCAUCUCAUAAUUUUACUUUUGCUUUUCUCUUUUUUCGUCAAGAUGCAAUUGGUUAAGAAGUUUCGUAUUCACAGACUUUGAAAAAAUUAUAUUAUUCACAAAUGCUGUUUGGUUCUCUGUGUCAAAACUUAACAUUAACUUAAAAAUAUUCUAUAAUGCUAAAAUGAUUAACUAAUUGUAUAGUGACCUAAUAAAAUACCAAACAGUUCAAAUUUUGAUGUUUCAAUGACAUGGUUAUGUUAUUGAGUAGGUAACGAAUAAUUAUUAAAAUCUUGUAUAUUUUUGGGAAAAUUGGAAAGUACAAAUUAUUUUUGAUUACAAUGUUUUUUCUAUUGAAGUCAGAAUAAGGUGAUCUGGCUUAGUUAUAGUUACAAAUGUUCAAACGUAAAGUGUUUUGAGACUGCUCACUCGGACAAUUUUAAAAUAACCCACGAUUUGUUGUGCAAAACCACAUCAGGUAGGUAAUAGGGAAAAGUGUAAAAACAUUUUGGAUGCACCUAGAGACCUGGCAAAGUAGCUUGCGUAGUACAGCAUAACACUUCGCGUUUGUAACUUCAAAACUAAGCCAGAUAGCCUUAUUCCUACUUCAAUAAAAAAACGUCUAUUUUUGAUCACAUUUCGAAUGAAUUUAAAAAAUGCUAUUUUUGAAGGUUUAUGUACAAAAACUAUUAAAGUAAGUAUGAUUUGUAAGUUUUGAUUAUACCAUUGGAUUAAGCAUUAAAAAACACAUUUUGAAGAAAAAAAAUUUCAAAAAUUUGUGUGAGCACUAAACUAGAAUUAUACCAAAUAAUAUUGUGAGUAGUUCUUUAUUGCAGUUAAUUUAUUUAAUAUAAACACAUAUAAUACAUAGUAAAUAUUGACUAUAAAAUUAAUUGUUAUAACUACUAAUUAACUUAAUUAUUAUUUUCAGGUAAAUAUGGGCUUAGAUCGUAAAAGAAAGUCUAUUGGUAAUCUACCAAAAGCAGAGAAAAAGAGGAAAAGCAUAAAAGAAAAAACGCCACCACCAAUUUUAUCAUCAUCAUCAUCAUCAUCAUCAUCUGAAGAUUCUGAUGACCAGUCGGAUCACAAUAACGGAAUAAUUAAUGAAGUUAAAAGUGAAAAUCCAGUUAUCAAUAGAUGGCCUCAGAACGAUGUUCAGAAGUUGUUGUCUCAAAUAGAGAUGGUGCUUCCCAAAAAUGACAAUACAACAUUUCGAAGUCGAUUACCAAAAAUUGACUGGGAAAAGAUACAGUUUGAUAAUUAUAGUAAGGAAGAAUGUCAAUCUACUUGGUUAGCAAUUCAAGAUCAGCUUAAAACAUUUAAAACUUUAGGGGAUCUUGUUCAUGAUGCUAAAAAUUUAUUAGCCACUAAAGGCAUUGAUACUUAUCAAUCCAAACAAAAUCGUGUACAAAAACCAAGAACUGCAUAUAUGUUAUUUUAUAUGGACAUUCUACAAAAGUGUAAGAAAAAACACCCAAGUUUAAAAUUGCCACAGCUUACACAAAUCAUUGCUGAAAAGUACAAUAAAUUAUCACCUGAAAAAAAACAGUUAUAUACUGAUAAAGCACAAAAAUUAAAGGCUGAAUAUAUUGAGCUGGUUAGUAAAACUAAUUCAGGAUUCCAACCUAACAAGGCAGUUAAACCAAAAUCACCAUUUCAGAUAUUUAUUGAAUCUAAAUCAUCAGGUAUGGAUGUCCAGAUCGAUAAAGCCAACCUUCAAAAACAUUUCAAAGAAAAAUGGGAUAACAUGACAGAAAAAAAAAAAUCAAAAUGGAUUAAGUUAGCUAAAGAACGAGAAGAGACAUAUGUAACCAAUUUAAUGGAGGACCACAAAAAUGAUCCUGCUUUCAACAUGCCAACGAAAAGUGCUUUAACAAAAAGUGAUAGAGAACUUUUAGAUUCCCAAUUAGGUAAACCGAAAAAACCUCCUGUUAAUAAUUACAGUCUUUUCUCUAUAGAAAUGCUAAAAAGUGAUUUGUUUACUGGUGUUCCACCAAAGGAAAAAAUGGCAUUGAUAGCAAAUAAAUGGAAAUCAUUUUCUAACGAAGAAAAACAAAGUUAUACAGACAGGUUAAAAGUAAUUACUGAGCAAUAUAAAGUUGAUUAUGAUGCAUUCCUACAAAAAUUACCAGAAGGUGAAAAACAAAUUGAGUUAGCUAAAACCAAAACAAAACCUAAAAAAGUAGAACCAAAAGUCGUACCAAGAAUUAAUGCUAGAGAGGGAAUCACAGAAAAACCUAAAAAGAAGGCAGCUUCAAAAUAUAAUUCAAAAACAAAGCUAUUCUUAAAUGAACCAAUACCUGUACCUUUUAAAAAUUCAUUUGAGCUGUAUAAGAGUAAAGUGGGACCAAAUGAAAAACAUCCAAUUAAAAGUUUAGAAGAGUGGACAAAAAAAUCUGGAAAAAAACAAAUAUUAUUUGACAAUGAACUUAAAGCUCUUAAAAAAGGAUAUAUGAAUAAUUUGAAAAUAUUUUUAAAAUCUCUAUCUGAAGAGGAUUUAAAAUUAUAUCUUAAAUUAAGAAAACCUGAAUUAGUUACUGGGGACAUAUCUGAUGAUAAGUCAAGUGCAUCAGAAAAAGAAGCAGAUUCUUCAUCUGGAGAAGAAGACAAUGAUGAUAAUGAUAAUGAUGAUGAUGAUGAUGAUGAUGACGACGACGAAUAAAUUGAUGAUGAUAAAUUUUAAAUUUUAAAUAGAGAUAAUAAAUAAUAAAUUCAAUGAAAUUAAAUACAUUUUAAAUAAUUUUUAUAUUUUUUGCAUUUUACAAUUUGUUUAGAAUCAAACAUAAUUUUUAAUCUUUAUAUGCUGAAUCAAGUAAUAAUAAAAUCCAACCAAACAAAUUAAAAUUACCAUACAGUCUGAAAAAAAUACAUAACAACAUGAAUUAUUGUAUAUCUACUUAUAUUAAUUUUUUAUAAGUGAAAAUGUAUUGUGCAAACUAAUUUUUUUAUUAAAAUUUUGUUCAACAAAUAUUUGAACAGUUUGUAUUUAUAAGAAUUUAAUACUUUCUUUUUCAUAAUUAAUAUCAAUUAAAUAAUGUUAAUUUAGUGUUUAAUGGAUUUAAUUGUUGUUAUAUUUUAUUUAAAUGGACUAAUAGUUGUAACUGGUAAUAAACAAAUACAAUACAAAUAUACUAUAUAUAUUUUUUUAUCUACACUUAGUAUUCAAUAAAUUAAUGAAUUCGAUAAAUAUUUAUAGAAAUGAUUGCUAUGUAUUAUGUAUUCAUAAAAUUAAAUGUAAAAACCAUUUCAUAACAAAAAAGUGAUGUUAAAAAUAAAAAGAAUAUCUUCAAAAACUUUUUAAUGGUUGUAUUGUAUGUAAUUUUUAUAGUAAUAAAUUGUAAGUUUUGUUAUGGGCACUUAAGUUUUGUAAUAAUUAUCAAUUAUUUGUAUUUAUAGUUAGGCUACUAAUUUAUGAGUUUAUGACCAAACAUUUUUUUUUUUUUUUUAGAUCAGUUAAGUUUAUCUUUAUAUUAUUUUUUAAUAUUAUUGCACAUGUUGACAUUAAACUUAAUACAUUACUUGAAUUUUUUAUAUUUUUGGUCUACACAUUCAAUUAAAAACAAAUGCAAAAUAUUAGGAUAACUAAUCAAUAUUAGUUUUUAUGUUUAUUUUAUUUAUUUUUGUCUAAGCAGCUCACAUUAAGUAUGUUCAAAAAACAUUGCAUUUUUAUGACUACCAUGUCUUAUUUUAAAAUGCAAACAUAUGUAUUAAAUCUAUUGAUAUUUUUAUUUUAAAUGCUAUAAAUUAUCCAUGUCCACAUAUCCAAAGACUAACAAUAAUGAAUUAACUGUUCAGUCGUCCUGAUUCUUGACAACAAAUUAUUUCAGAACUAUGCGAAUUUGCUCGACAAUGAGUGUAGCAGAGAAGAAAAUAGUUGGGAUGAAGGUGAAGAAGUUGUUCAUUAUUAAUGUGCACAAACCGUCAGUUUAUUGAAAUUGAAGUAUAUUUUAAAAAUUCUGUACAUAAAUUUCAAUUUAAACAAAAAGUGAAAAUUUGGAAUUUUUACAAUGUGUGACCUACAUAAAAUAUAGGUACAUUUCAUAUAUUAUACGGUUGUUCUUUCAUUAUAGAUAAUUGAAUAAAAUUCAGUCACUAACAUAGGUAUUCAAAUAAAUCGCACAACUAGUUUAACAUGAUCAACACAGCUGAAAUGAUUGUGUAAAUUAUUAAUAUUAUUAGUAUUAAUAAUCUAUAUUCCUAUUCCUACCAGAUAUAAUUUCAAUAAAAUGCCAGGUGCCCUCACAAAAAUGUUGAAAAUCUGUUACUCAUUCCCAUACAGUACAAUUUAUAUUUUUAACAUUCGAAAUACCAAGCAUAUAAACCUUAAAGUAGGUA